GGGGCCUCCUCCUCUAUGCGGGUUUUGUUGUUAGUAGCGGAGAAGAGUUCAUGGAGGACGUAUGUGUAGGAAACGCACCGAUGGACGUCUGAGGAAUACUGAGAUCCAGAUCAAGAUCCAGUCUAGACUGGGACGACUGGAUGAUCGCCAUCUGAGCCCCAGGGAGGUGGACGAGCCCGCCGCCUCGCCGAGAUGGGCAACAGUUUGUCCAACGUGUCUGCCUUCCAGUCUCUUCACAUCGUCAUGCUGGGUCUGGACUCGGCCGGCAAGACCACCGUCCUCUACCGGCUCAAGUUCAACGAAUUCGUCAACACAGUGCCAACCAUCGGCUUCAACACGGAGAAGAUCAAGCUGAGCAGCGCCAAGGGCAUCAGCUGCCACUUCUGGGACGUGGGGGGGCAGGAGAAGCUGCGCCCUCUCUGGAAGUCGUACAGUCGCUGCACGGACGGCAUCGUGUACGUGGUGGACUCUGUGGACGUGGACCGGCUCGAGGAGGCCCGGACCGAGCUGCACAAGGUGACCAAGUUUGCGGAGAACCAGGGGACGCCGCUGCUGGUCAUCGCCAACAAGCAGGACCUGCCCAGGUCACUUCCGGUGGACGCCAUCGAGAAGCAGCUGGCCCUGCACGAACUGGCCCCCGCCACCUGCUACCACGUGCAGCCCGCCUGCGCCAUCAUCGGCGAGGGUCUGCACGAGGGCAUGGACAAGCUGCACGAGAUGAUCGUCAAGAGGAGGAAGAGCCUCAAGGCGAAAAAGAAGCGGUGACGUCAGCAACCCUUGAGGACACCCAACAGGCGGGCCUGUUUACCUGCUGGACGCUCACCUGGCAGAGACAGUGUGGAUGCUCUGGACACUCAGCAGGGACGUGAUGUCCAACUUUGCACUUUUUAUGUGGACUUUUGAACUUUUCUUUUUUUGGGGGGGGGCUAUUAAAUAUUUCAAAGCAG